CACCAUCAGGCAUUGGAGAGAAGUCUUGUAGAUGUGAGAUCUGCAUAGCGGAUGGCUCCACAGUUAUAAAGCACAGGGAAGAAAGGGACCUAGGACCGCCUCGGGCAUUUUUGUUAAUGACAGAGAUGAAAUCUGCUCUUCAAAAACAUUGACUUGAGCUGCUUAUAGUGCUGCAAAAACAAACCUGUGAUGGACUCAGCAACAAGCUCUUCUGUUCAUUGGUGUAGGAAGCGCACGUAAGCGUACCUCUACACUCAGCAUGGCUACCCAACAGAGAACCUGGCCCGAAUUCUGUAGUCAUGCUGGUGUGGAAGAGCAAUUCAACUGGUGUCGGAGGAUUUCCAUUGACAUAAAUUUAGUGUUUUCACUCCCCCUCAUCAUUUCAUCAUUUCUACCAAAAGAACUGGAGAGCUGUGGUCAAUGGCAUCACUGAAGGACACAUAGGCUGAGAGACAGUUAACUGAACACAGUGAGUGGAAAACUCCAGCCUGGAUUACCAAACACUUGCAAAGCAAAUCUUCUCUACGUUGUUAAUGCUUAUUUGGAUCAUUAACAAAAGUGAGUGUGACAAGUCCUCCAAGGACGUACCUGGGAACUUCUGGAUCAUGGUGAGCUGGUGUCAUCUGGGAAUUGUGACUCCUGUGGGCUCCAGGGAUUACUAAUUAUUCAUCUACAGGAGAACAUGUCAGGAUCCAGCAGAGGCACACAGGAAUGUAAGAUUUAAAGGAAAAGAAAAACAAACCCAAACAAGACAAAUCUUCAUGUGGUCCUGGCCUGGCUUUCAUUCAUAAUGAUGGAGGUGCAAGUGAGCAGUGACAGAGACCUCUCCGAGAUGUCAGGUAUUAGUCCGGAGGGGCAGAUCUGCGAGCCACACAGCAGCUCCCGGGUCUACGGUACAUUAGCCUCUCCGUGGGAGAGGGAUCCCAGACAGCUCUGCUGGGGACCCAGCCCAGGAGAUUUGUUAGCGGGCUGCUUCGGGGGAUACCAGCCACCUCCGGCACCCGAGCGCCAAAGGUGCUUGUGUUGCUGCUGCUGCUGCUGCUGCUGGCGCAUUUCAUCCAAACUCCAGCCAGAGCGGGGGCAAGUUGAACCGGAGACAUUAGAGCCACUGUGCUUUGGAGAGACGAGGGCGCACGGGGAGCGCGGCAGCACCAUGCCUGCUAUCAAGAAGGAGCGACUUGACAGGGAAGAGAUGGCCCUGGCAGCUUUUAACCAGCCCAUGGAAACCUUACCUGACUAUCUCGCCCCGCUGGCUGCCGCUGCCAUUCCGGUGGUCACCCCGCACCCGCCGGCUUACGACCAGAUCUUUGCCCACCGCGCGUACCUGGGCUUCCACGAGACCCACCACCCCCACCCGCACCACCCGCACCACCCCCACCACCUCCCCGAGGACCUGAUGCUGGAGAGGUUUUCCUCCAUCCCGGAUUUCCAGCCCUUCUUUGACAACGGAGAGCCUUGCAUCGAGGUGGAGUGCGGGGAGAACAAGGCGCUGCUCUACAUCAAUAAGUUGUGCCAGGGGAGCAAGGGACCCUCCAUCCGGUACCGGGGAGAGUGGCUCACGCCUAACGAGUUCCAGUUCGUCAGCGGCAGGGAGACGGCCAAGGACUGGAAGCGCAGCAUCAGGCACAAAGGGAAAAGUUUGAAGACUCUUAUGUCCAAAGGAAUCUUACAGAACCGGGGUCGCCUGGCGGAGAAGAGGACAAUCCCCCUGCCUCCCACCAGGAUCCCGAAGAAAGAGCUGACCUCUAUUUUCUCGCAUAGUGAUGACAGCGAAGAGAGUGACAAGGGCAAUGGUCAGCACCCUGAAGUGAAGCAGGAGGAGGAUCUCCAUAUCAGUAUCAUGAAAAGAAGGAUACACACCCACUGGGAUUUAAACAUCUCCUUCCGAGAGACCUCUUGCAGCCGUGAUAACGACCUCUCCACUAUCAUCUCCAACCUGCAUCAGAGCCGUCAGCUCGUUAUGCCAGAGACCCAGAGCCGCUGUGAAUUCAAGAGAAACAGCAUUGAUGUUGGCUUAGGAGCAGCAGAUGAAAUUUUAGGCAAGAGAAGAGUAUGUUCUCCCAACAGCAGCAGUGAGUGUCCUUUAGAAAGCAAGAAAGCCCGAAGCGAGUCCCCGAAGGAAAACUCCCACACCCCUCUGCUUGAGGACUCAGUGACUCAGAUGACCCCAGAGGAGCACUACAGACGCAUGAUGUCAGCACUGAAUGAACACAGCACGUUUGAAGAGCAGCAGCAGCAGCGUCUCUACCAGCUGGCUAACAGCAUGGCAGUGCCCAGCCAUGGAGAUCUCCUCCGGGCGCGGCAAGAGGCGGCGGCGGCGGCGCGCAACCCCGGCGCGAUGGAAGCGCACAUCCCCUCGGCCAGCAACUCUUCCAGCCAGCGGAGGAAGCAGGGCCUUCCCCAGCACAGGGACACCCACUUCCCCGAGAGGGAGAUAUCCCACCCACCGCCCCUGCUUUCACCUCAGAAUGCACCCCAUAUUGCUCUGGGGCCCCACUUGAGACCUCCUUUCCUUGGGGUGCCUUCAGCUCUGUGCCAGACACCAGGUUAUGGGUUCCUACAGCCAGCGCAAGCGGAGAUGUUUGCACGGCAGCAGGAGAUGCUACGAAAGCAAAACCUGGCAAGAUUGGAGAUGUCGGCUGAGAUCAUCCGCCAGAAGGAGCUGGAGAACCUGCACAGGCAAAGGCUACUGGCCAGUGAUCCACUGAGCCUGCACCCGGGCUUGCCCCCGGAUCACCCAGCCCUGCGCAACGUGCAUGACAUCCCUGAGGGUCACCCGCUGCGGGAGGAGCUCUCCCGGAGGAACGCCAUGCUGGUGCUGCGGCACAACAACACGCCCCUGCUCUCCCUCAACCCCGGCGUCCCCAGCAGCGCCACGCCGCCCAAGGAGCAGCCUCGGCGGGGCAGCCGGAAAUCAGCGCACCACCGCGCCGAGCCGCAAGGGCUGAGUGAGGCCAAGGAGCUGGCGGAGCCCCGGGUGCGGGAUGGGGCGCCAGACUGUAACGACGAGGAGAUGAAGGACUCUGAGAGCGAUGCAGACGUGAGCGACGAGAAGCCGGAGAGCCUGAAGGCUGAAAGCAGCAGCUCGGCCACUGAGCUUAAGGAGUGCAAAGAGACAGGCAAAGUCUGUGAGGGGGCCAAGGAGCUGGGUGAAGUGGCUGCUGGCCAAAAUGCCCCCUGCAGCUCCUCAAGCGCUGAGUCUCCCAGCCACUUGCUUGGCCCAGGCAUCAACAAAAAUGAGGUGAAAUACAUCCCGCCAGCCUCCAUCCCACCACCUCAGCCACUGCCCUUUGGGUUCCCUUAUACGAUGAGCCCAUACUUCCAUGCAGGCACCAUGGGAGGUCUGUUUUUGGAUGGUGAGGAAAGCCCUGCGCUGGAAGACAUCAGCAAAUGGACAGUGGAGGACGUGUGUAGCUUUGUGUCCAACUUGUCUGGCUGCACCGAGUACACUCAGGUAUUCCGAGAGCAGGCUAUUGAUGGUGAGACCCUGCCCCUCCUAACAGAAGAGCACUUACUGAACAAUAUGGGGCUGAAACUGGGACCAGCACUGAAGAUAAGGUCACAGGUUGCCAAGAGGGUGGGCAGAGUUCUGUACAUGGCAGGCUUCCCCAUGGCUUUCCCACUGCAACCUCCUGGCUUGCGGCCACCAGAGCGGGACCUGCCCUCAGCUGAUCUCCGGCCAUCCUCCACGGGAAGCGUGGCCUCCCCUUUCAGCACUGGCCUCCCCUCAGCCAGCCGCAUCUCACCAAAGCAGGAAAACGGAAACUCCUCCAUCAUUGCUGGGAUCAACGACACCACAAAACCUCCAUCUUAACUGCAGGACAGCUCUUAACUGCUUCUGGAACUGAUAUUCAGUUGAACAAACUGAAGGUAAUGCAUUUUGAGAGACCAGGAGAGCCUCCCUCAGCAGUGUGAGACAUAGGAGUGAGGAAGGGAGGUUUUCAGUUUUUUGGGUGCAUUUGUUUCUUGUUAAAAAAAAAAAAGAAAGAAGUUUUAAACUAUAAAAAGGGAAGGAAGGAAGAAAAGAAAACUAUCCAAAGAUGUAUUGAGAGAACGCAAGUGAAGAGAAAGUAAGAAAAUUAUUCUUGGAGGAUGAUGGCAGCACUCUCAUUCCCUUCCACACCUCUCACCAGUCUGAAGCGGAGAGCUGCAGCCAGGGAACGAAUACUCUUCUUUGCCUUCAAAGGAACAUGGCUUUCAAGAACCUCUGGGUGUGAAACCAAACUGGAAGGGAAGGGAAAAGGACACUGCUCCUCCCAGUGAUACUCAGCACCCCUGAGCAAAAAAACCCCCCAAAAACAAACAAAACAAAAAGAAAACCAUGAAAAAUGCAACCAACAGCCCCUUCCUUCCCCAAUAUCUCCUCCUCCCUGGAAACUGUACUCAGUUCCUCAUUCAGGUGUCUAUGCAUCUCUAGCAACUUUAAAAAUAAUACCAAAGACAUUAAAAAAAAAAAAAAAAAAAAAAGGCAAGUUCCGGUCCAUGUUUACUUAAGUGUGGAUGGUACGGCACAGGCGGCUCAGUGCUGUCUCACGGGCUGGGGGCUGCCCUCUCCCCUGGCAUGUUUGUCCCUUUCAGCGCACACAGAGAAUGGACUGCCUAUGCUCCAACCCUGCAGAGGAUUUUUUUUGGUUAGAUAAAUUGUUUUAAGGAAGAAAAAUGAAGAGUGUGUGCUUGGGUGGGAUGAAGGGUCACAGGUCUCCAGUGUGGCCCCCUUUCUCCUGCACGUGUACAACGGACUUGUUUAUACAGUUGGGGUUUUUUUGUUUGUACGGUUGUUUUUGUUCUUUUUAAAGCCUUGUUACAGAGGUGGAUGUACUUGCACAUUCUGGCCUGCUGUGGACCACAAGAUAGAUACCUGUGUGUGCCCGGGGAGGGCAGGGGGAAUUCAGGCUAUAAACAAUGGGUAGAGUUUUUACUACUGUGAAUGAGAUGGUAACUCCUGGGGGUGACCUCCUGUGACUUGUACAGUUGUGAGCAACAAUCACAUGUGGUACUUUUUUCUCUCUUUCUCUCGCUCUCCCCGCCUUCUCUUUUUUUUUGUUUAAACAUUGCACGUGCUACCGUUUUUUUCUUCCUUACAAGAUAGCUUGGUGGUACAUUAGCUUCUUUAUAUUGUAAAAAAAAAAAAAAAAAAGAAAAAAAAAGUCCUUAUCCAUCACAUCACAAUAAAAUGCUUUCCAGCAAUCAGUUUAAAUAAAAAAGAAAAACACUUAAUUUACAAAUGUUA